CCUCCCAUUUCUCUCUCUCAAUUCAAGUCAAUCAAAAUCUUCUUCCUUCUUCUCUCCUUCCUUUUUCCCAUUGAUUCCUCCACAAAUCUCCUCCCACUUUCAUCGCCAUGGAGAUGGAGGUGGUGAUGCCGAUUCCUGCUACUGACUUCAAUUUCGACAGUAAUUGUUCUUCGCCUUACAUGACUGCUCCUUCAAGUCCUCAACGAUUUGGCAACUUCUUCUUCAGUGCCCCCACUAGCCCCUCUCGUCUUCCUUCCUCCUUGUAUGUUGACCUCAACAACAACCAUUCUUCUUCUUCUUCGACGAAACUCUUCAAUGCUGAACAUAAUCACAACAGCCACGAUGAUGAAGAUGAUGAUUUUGAGUUUAACUUCAGCGGUCAACUCGAGCCAACUUCUUUGUCAGCCGAUGAACUCUUUGAUGGUGGCAAAAUUCGACCUCUCAAGCCAUCAUCAACUAAUUGCGAAUCUGAAUCAAGAACUAGUACGGAUUCUUCUAAAAAAAGUAAAGAUCCUGAAGAAGGGAAUUUGCAGCAAGUACAACAACAACGUGGCAGAGAAAGAAUUUCGCUUUCAACUAAUUUUUCGCGCAAGGGAACUCGAUCUUUGUCUCCUAUGAGAGUCACUGACAUAAUAUACGAACAAGAAGAUGACAUUUCACCAACGGCAAAGAUUAUUUCUUCCACCACCGAUAAUAAUAACAACAACAACUCCACUAAAUCUUAUGCAGCUACAAUCCUCUCAGCCAUUUCAUUUUCAAAGAGUUACAAAAAGUGGAAGUUCAAGGAUCUGUUAUUGUUCAGAAGUGCUUCAGAGGGAAGAGCCACAGGCCCGGAUCCUCUAAGAAAAUAUUCUGUUUUGUCCAAGAAUAUUAACAAAGAACCAGACGAUGUAAAAAAUGCAAGCUUCCGGUCAACCGAUAGCGCCGGUUCUGUUUCCCGGCGGAGAGGGCCGGUGUCGGCUCACGAGUUACAUUACACGGCGAACCGAGCUGUGUCGGAGGAGUUGAAGAGGAAGACUUUUUUGCCAUACAAGCAAGGCUUGUUGGGGUGCUUGGGGUUCAACCCUGGUGUGCAUAACAUUCCUAGAGGUGGGUCUUUGCCACGUGGAUGAUUCAGAUUUCUCAAUCUGUUUCUCUAUUGAAUAUAAUUUUAUAUGAUUCUUUUGACAUAUAUAUAGACGUUUUGGUGUUAAUUAUAUAUCUUGGUAUAUUUUUUUCUUUUAAUGGUGUCUCUAUCCAUGAAAUGGACUAAAAUUGUAUAAGAAAAUCGAGUUAUUUAUAGCAGGAUGUGUAGAACAGUUUUCUCUUGUUUUAUA